AUGACGAGCAUCGCACCCGCCCGCCCAUCAUUAACAUCCAAUGAUUCGGCCGUCCUCCAAGCACUUUUCGAUGCCGAAUCUUCUCCAUCAUCAGGGAUUACAGUCGAUUCAUCUCUUCCCUCAUGGCCAACCGCUUUGGGAAUCUCGCAAGAAGAUCUAUCAUUGCUUAGCCAGCGCGAAACAGAAAUCAUCCGCAGGCUGCAAACCGCUGAACAACCAAGCGAAGAAACAGUCAAGUCCGCACUAAAUGAUUUCGACACACUUAUCAGCCAGUACCCAACUUAUCCUUCCGCAUACACAAAUCGAGCACAAACAUUUCGCCUUUUGAUCGAUAUCAUCCAAAAUACCCCCGAAAGCAAGAACCAUAAUGUCCAAGGCUCAAUCUCUGAACUAGACGAUGCAGUCCUCUUUUCACCUCAGACUUCGGAAUUAUCAUCUCGCAUUUUCUCCGAUCUAGGCCAAGCAAUUACCCUCGCUACGCCUGCUUCGCCCGCUGAUCCUGUAUCCUCUGUCCAAGGACGUCUCUUGGCUGAUGCACAUACGCAUCGUGGUUAUUUACUUCUCAAAGCUGCACGGGGAAAGAAGGUGCAGUCUGAUGAACAUGGGUCAGAUCUACCCGGUCCGGAGCGGUUGAGGGGACUUGGGGCUGAUGAACUCGAAGAAAUGGCUAGUCGGGAUUUCUUCUUUGGUGGUCGCUAUGGAAAUAAGGUGGCGCAACAGCUUUCUGUACAGACGAAUCCGUACGCAAAGAUGUGUGGGGCUAUUGUUAAAGAGGCGAUGAGGAAAGAGAUUGAAGGGUAA